AGAUGAAAUAAUAUUGAUGAUAGCUCGUGUCCUUGUUCCUCUUUUAGCACACAUCACACAGUAUUACAAUGAAUAAGAACAUUCAAUCAUCAAAUACAAUCAUUUUCAUAACAAGCUGCUGUGGAGGCAAAACCUUUUUGUUCUUUGCAAUAAAUCUUUUGUUCUUUUAUUCAGAGCUCUGAAGGUACAGGUGACACAGAGUGCAAAGCAGUCUAUGUGUCAAGUCAAACUGGAAGGAGCUGAAAACUCAAAGGAGAAGCAUUUACGCACAGGUCCUACACUCAGCUGGGGCGGAAACAAUCUGCGGCUGCAGGUUUGCCACCGGCGGGAUACAUGAGAACACACGCAGCACUGAGGAGGAACUGAGAAUGAAUGACCGAGUUCAAACAAAGUGUCCGUGAGUUUCUGUUGGGAAAGCAUCAAGAUGUGCAGCAAACUGUGCAGGAUUGCCUUCAUCUCCAAAAUCCGGGUUGCAGUCGGUGAUUGGCAGGAGGAGGAGAGUCUGACGGAGGAGCAGAGGAAUGUUGGCAGCUAUUUAGUCUGAGCUCAACAACGGAGGAAACAUGGAUUCUUCACAAAAAAAAUGUAAACACAGCAAUGGAGUGAGAUGUCGGACCUCUGAGGAGGAUAAGGAUGGUUCGGCAACAACAGCAAAAAGAGAUGAAUCACUCAGUUGUGAGCAAUGUGGCAAGACUUUUAUCACAGCAACAAAGCUCAGAAUUCACAAACGUAUUCACACCGGAGAUAAACCAUUCAGCUGUGAUCAGUGUGGAAAGGCUUUUACUCAGAAGAGUCACUUAAAAAGCCAUCAACUCAUUCACAGUGGAGUUAAACCAUUCAACUGUGAUCAGUGUGGAAAGGCUUUUACUCACAAGAGUCACUUAAAAAGCCAUCAACUCAUUCACAGUGGAGUUAAACCAUUCAGCUGUGAUCAGUGUGGAAAGCCUUUUACUCACAAGAGUCACUUAAAAAGCCAUCAACUCAUUCACAGUGGAGUUAAACCAUUCAGCUGUGAUCAGUGUGGAAAGCCUUUUAUUCAGAAGCGUAAUCUAGCAACACAUCAACUCAUUCACAGUGGAGUGAAACCAUUCAACUGUAAUCAGUGUGGAAAGGCUUUUAUUCAGAAGCGUAAUCUAGCAACACAUCAACUCAUUCACAGUGGAGUGAAACCAUUCAACUGUAAUCAGUGUGGAAAGGCUUUUACUCACAAGAGUACUCUAGCAAGUCAUCAACUCAUUCACAGUGGAGUUAAACCACUCAACUGUAAUCAGUGUGGAAAGGCUUUUACUAAGAAGAGUAAUCUAGCAACACAUCAACUCAUUCACAGUGGAGUGAAAUUGUUCGGCUGUGAUCAGUGUGGAAAAGCUUUUACUCAGAAGAGUUCUCUAGCAACACAUCAACUCAUUCACAGUGGAGUGAAACCAUUCAACUGUAAUCAGUGUGGAAAGGCUUUUACUCGCAAGAGUACUCUCGCAAGUCAUCAACUCAUUCACAGUGGAGUUAAACCAUUCAACUGUGAUCAGUGUGGAAAGGCUUUUACUCACAAGAGUACUCUAGCAACACAUCAACUCAUUCACAGUAGAGUGAAAUUGUUCGACUGUGAUCAGUGUGGAAAGGCUUUUACUCAGAAGUGUCAGUUAAAAAGUCAUCAACUCAUUCACAGUGAAGUGAAACCAUUUAACUGUGAUCAGUGUGUGAAAACCUUUACUCAACAUGUACAGUUGUUGAUCCAUCAAUGCCCCCAUUCUGGUAGAAAGCGAUACCACUGUGACUCCUGUGAAAAAACUUUCAAGCACCAACAGAGCUUAAAACGUCACCAACGCAUCCACACUGGACAUGAUGUGUACGUAUGUGAUCACUGUGGGAAACUAUUUGUACGAUACUCACAGUUAAAAGUUCAUGAAGUGACCCACACUGGGGUUAAACCAUACAUUUGUGACCAGUGUGGGAAGCGCUACAGCGACAUUGCACACCUCAAAGUUCACCAACGUGUCCACACUGGGGAGAGACCAUACAGAUGUGACAAGUGUAAGAAGACUUUUACAACUUUGGGUUCCCUGAAACAACACCAGCAGAUCCACACCAGAAAGAAACAUUCAAUCAGUGUCACAGUGAGAACGGAACAGAUGGACAAAACUCUCAGACUUACCAGCACUCUGCCAAUGGUGAACAGUGCUGCUUUGACCAGUCUGGACCAACGUCCAACCAACAAGGAACCCUGCAACGACACCAGCGUAUGCACACUGGACACAGACUGAACCCCUGCCAAGAAGAUUUCUCCAUGCAGGGUUCAGUAAAAGUUCGUGAAGUCCUCCACAAACUUAAAGUCCUUGAGAUCCGGCUUCACAGAAUUCAGGUCUAAUUUCUUGUUUAGUGUCUUCGUUGCUUCGUUGCAAAAUCCAUUAAGAGGAAAGCUGUCGUUAACAGACGUGACUGGUAAAUUAAUGAAACCAUUCAAAGUGGUUACUCAGUUAAAUGAAUUAUCAGUGGUAGAGGGAUAGACGUCUGGAUGGAGGCAGUGAGCAGCAGGGCAAAUUUCUUCAAUUACCACCUUAAUCGUUCCUCAGAUCCCUCUGGGCUGCAGGAACCCGUUAGAUGCAGAGCUGGUUCAGUGAUUCUCUGAUGAUUAAUCAUAAUUAAUUUAGGAGAUUACUGGCCUUAGGAUUCAUAUCUAUCUAUCUCUCAGGACAAUGAUGAAGAAUCUCUAAUAUUGAACAAGUAGAUCAAAUAAUCUCAGAUUAUGUGUGAGUUGAAAUACAAAAACAUAAAUUGUUAGAUGAAAAGUAGAAUCUUUGAAAGCUGACAUGGAGUUUAGAAUCACUUCUUUGUAAAUUAGCUGCAUCCAGUCAUUACCAUGACAUUGGCGUCAUGGAACCAUGACCACAUAUACACCCCCUGUCAAAAGUUUUAGGACAGGUACUAAUUGAUUUGAAUGAGAAAGUGUCCUAAAACAUUUGACAGAGGGUGUAUGUGUCUGUCGAUAGUGGCUUUUUCAAUGUUUUUUUUUUUUUUUUCAAAAUUGAGUUGUUUUAAAGUUUGAAAAUGUGGGAAAAAUAUAUAUUUUCACAGUGAAACUUCUGAUGUCCACGUUUUCAACAUUUUUGGGAAAUCUUUGAACAUUUUUAGGUGGAAAUAAAGAAAAAUUAAAAAUAUUUCUAAAGAAGGGAUUUUGGUUGAUUUUUAUGUGAAUGUUUGUAAAGAAAAUAUUAGACGUUUUACUGAAAUAUAUGUAAUCUCUUUAGAUAUUUUUAGGAUUUUUUUUGGAAGAUUUUUACUCUUUUUUUGGAAAAUAUUUACAACAAAUUUUCUUGCCAAAUUUGGGGGAUUUUUUGAAAAGAAACUUAAGAAAUUACUGGAAUUUUCUUCCUGAAGGUUUUGCAAAUUUUCAGAAAUUUGGGGAAUUUUUUUGCUGAAUUUUUUUAUUUUUUUAAAAUUUUUUUAAGACAAGGAAACAAUGUUGUUUUUUUGCCUGUAAAUGAGGACAACAGGAGGGUUAAAACAUUAAAAGGCAACAUUAUUAAGGUUUCUUUUAUCAAACGUUUUUCAUCAACAAGUACACAAAAUAGAUUAAAAAUAUAAUCUAACAUAUUUACUGAUUAAAAACUUUGAAUUUCUUCUUUAUAUUGUUCUUCUGCAUAACUCACUAUUUCAAACUGACUCAUGUUACUUCCAUGUGAUCUGCCAUUAAAACGGCCACAUUCUACCAUAAACACUGUAAAUAAUAACACACCUGCUCAAAGUUAAAGGCCAACAUACGACCCAAACAUGACAUGGAUUUGGUGCCACUUUCAACUAAGAUGAUCUCUUCUGUUAAACAAACCGUUGAUUGUGAAUCUUUUUUCCAGAUAUGAAGCUGCUCCUUCCAGGUCCACAGACAGUAAACAAAACAAAGCUCUCUGUAAAAACCCUCAGAAUGUUGAAUAGAAUAAAUGUGGACAGUUUCAUGACUGGAAGAGAAGA